AUGAUUUACCCGCUGAUUCUCUCUGGGAUUUUGCUUCACAUCUCAGGAGAAUAUUCCCUCACUGAUUAUCCAGCCCAGAGUAUUUUUACAGUGCAGUGGAAGAAUCUGAAGACCUCAGACUCUGGAUAUUACUGGUGUGCUGUUGAGAUCGGUGGCUCUCCAGAUGACGGGUAUUAUUUGAAUCUGAAGGUGCAGUCAGCUCCUGAUGUGUCUGUGUCGAGCAGCAGUGUCUCUGGACAUGAAGGUGGUGAUAUCAGUGUUCAGUGUCUCUACAGUUCUGGAGAUCAGAAUAAAGUCAAACGGUGGUGCAGAUAUAAAGAUCAGAGCUGUUACACAGUGGGGAGGACUGACACAUCCCAGAAUCCAUCAGUGCAGAUCAGUGAUGAUGAUGAGAGAAGAUCCUUCACUGUGCUGAUGACUGGACUGAGACGGACUGAUUCUGGCUGGUACUUCUGCUCUGUAGAAGAUCUGCAGGUUCCUGUUCAACUCACAGUCACUGAACCCAAAAGAGCAUUUACAACUAUUCCAGCAACUGCACCAUCUGACUCGGAGGCAGACAUUAACCUGGAGGCGGAGAAAGAAGCUGGAGAGAGGACAAUUGAGAGAAGGGCAUUUCAACAGCACCAGAAAUACAUCUUCUGCCUCGGUGGAUGAUAAUUCAGUGAUUUACAGUUCUGCGAUUACCUUUCGUCAAGCACCUUCUUCAUCAGUGAAUCCAGAAGCUGAAGUGAUCUACAGCUCUGUGAAAUAAACUC